ACCUAGCCUGACCAGUUAUAUACCAUUUCGUAGAGAAUUGAAAGGCGAAUCUUUUGAUAUAAGAAUGAUCUCGAUCGACUUUGAGGAAGAGAAGGAAUUUCAAAAACACUGGCAGUCUAAUUAAGUAAUGGCUUAUUAAGUUUUCUUUCAUGUACAUGAAUUCAGAAGUUUAAAUACGUUAAAACGUAUUAAAAACGCUUAUUACAUUCGAACGCCUAGAAAUAUUAUCUCUUCAAAUGCAUUUGAACAAACUAAAACUUUGCAACACCUUAAAACUUUUCAAGACCUUUGAAUGUGCAUAGAUGAAUUAAGAAAUAUUUUAACAUGUUGAAUUAAAUUACUUUAAAAGAGUUUUAACGCGUUGAAGAGCAAUGAGUUUAUCAGGCGUUAAAAGACAGAAUUAUCCAGACAUCGGGUUAAUUUAAUUUUAACACAACAAAUGCUCAAAAAUAAUUUAAUAUGAGACUACAACGCGUUUUCUCGCUACGCCAACGCAUAAAGCUAUCCAUUUUAAUUCGUUUCAACAUAUUAACGACUUUUCGACAGACGCGAACUAUUUCGUUUACUUUUGUUAUAUAAAAUUUAACGCCCGUCAACCCCUUAGAAUUUCCAUUUACGUCGGUUAAGCUAGGUGAGUCCAAUAAUAUCUAUUGUUGUUAACUGCAUUGACGAUAAUGAACCGAUGCAAAGAAAAUAUUAGGUAUUAAAAAUAUUCAUUGCGCAAUUUCUGCACUCUUACCAAAUGUAAACUAAUUAGAAAAAUUGCUUUCAAUGUAUUUCAAGGUGCUUUCGAAUGAAAGUGCAUAUCGAACAGAAAUCACGAGCGAGUUUCCGUCAAACUUCAGACAGCUCAAAGAUUCACAACUCAUGAGAAUAAAAGAAUUUAUUAUUCUUUGCUAUUUUAGCUACAUCCACAUUUCAGUCCACCAGCACAACAUCAUCAAUCAGUUCAACUGUUUCCACCAGCACAGAAACACCUACAUCCACAUUUCAGUCCACCAGCACAACAUCAUAGACCACAACCCAAUCCUGCCCAGCACCAGACCUAUCAACCGUCACCCGAUUUGGCCACUUUUUGCAGUCACGGUCCGUACGGACGUACUCAUUGGAUGACCUUAUAUGGUAUUUUUGUCGAUUGUUUCGGCGCAAUAUAUGUAACUGACCACGCAUACCAUCGUAUUCAAUUGUGGGCAAAUUCCAGUGUCGGAGUAACAAUUAUUGGCUCACAGAAUGGCACUUCGGGAACCGGACCAAACGAUCUAGACGGACCAAUAGAUGUUAAACUUGAUCAACAGAGUAAUAUUUAUGUACUUGAUACCAAUAAUAAUCGAAUACAAAAAUACCCCCCAGGCGGCGGGACCGGUUCAACAAUAGGAACUCUCCCAUCGAACAGCGGUGCGAAUGCGUUAUUUGUAGAUGGUUGUGGAAACUUUUAUAUCAGUCAAACAUCGGGCGUAUAUCAAUUUACUCAAGUAUCGGGUUCAGGAACAUUAAUUCCACUAACAUUUACUGGUUCGCCAAGCGGAAUCGCAUUUGAUGCUCAAAUGAACCUGUAUAUUAAUGUAAACAAUGUUACAGCUGGUACUACGUAUAAAUAUGCUUAUAUAUAG